CUAAGCUUUGGGCAGUGUGUUUGUGAGGGGGGAGGUCUGGGCAUUGGGAGGAGUGUGUGUGGCUGAAGGAAGUUAGCUUUCUGUAGCCCUGGGCAUGCUCUCUGCUCUUUCCUUCAUGCCAGUAACUGGGGGGGCAUGCUCUUUCCAACCCUGCCAGCGAUGGUUGGCUCCUCCCACCCACCAUAGGCAGUAAAGGCCUCUCCCCCUGCUCUCCAGGAGGCAGGUGCCCCUCCCUAUGGCUGGAAGUGAUUGUCCUUCAGCCCUUGGGGAAGAGGGGUGGUUGGGUGGAGUCAGACCUCUGGAGGUGGGAUGUGACCAGGCCCUGGACUGUAGAAAUUUCAGGCUUCCCUCAGUGUUUAUCAUGAACUUACUCCUCUGCUCUUUGGGGUACUGCCCUUCAGAGUUGGGAUUGAGGGGCUGGAGAGUUGGCCUUUCUGGUAGCUCCAAGUGUUAGAUGCCUGCAGACCAGCAGGGAGGGGGCCUCCAAGCUGCUGGUGUUGACUCAGGCUCAGCCAUGAGUUUUCACUGCCCUUGGAUAGCUGGCAUGGACUGCCUGGCUGAAAUAAAUGGUAGCACUGUGCAUAUGGCCUAUCCCCAGUCAGUCAGAUAAGUGUCCCUGUGCUGGCUGGGAUUGGCUCCAGUGCUUUCAUUUCCCUUUGCCUUGAAGGAGGUGGGUGCAAGAGGCUGUUUUGUGUAGGACUCUGGAGUUCUAUAAUGGGCAACUUGAUUGUCCUGAGAGGAAACUCUUCUCAGGUGCCCCUGUCAUGGUGGCACAGCUGUUCUGAUUCCCCUCCAUAGAGCUGUAGACUCAGGAAUCAGGGCAGGAUGGUUCCCUAGAGUCCAUGCUCAAGGCUUUGUCUGAACUCUCCUGUGUUAAUUGUGUAGGGGCCUGUUAUCCUUCCCACUGGAUCUCAGAGCAGGAUUUCCUUAGGCUAGAUCAUGGUCCCUGUCACAAACACCCCAGUCCUGUGACUGCAGAUAAAUGGAGCUCAUUGCAGGGGGCUCUUCCACAACUUCAGGGGUUCACCCUGUUUAGAAACCUUGUAGCAACUCAAUAUUCAAAUAUUUCCUUUCUACACAUUGUGUGCAUGUAGAUUUGAUGUGGUGGGGGUGCCAGCAUGGGCUAUGGCUGCAGGUUCUGGGUGUAUCUUUGAAGGGGAACAUCUAGGCAUGCUUGAGAGACUUGCAUCUGAAGAAGUGAGGUUCUUAGCCACGAAAGCUUAUGCUCCCUAUACUUCUAUUAGUCUCAAAGCCACCACAAAAAAGACAAAGAACCGUGGAGGACUUCAACCAGUUCUGCACCUUCGUGUUGGCCUAUGCUGGCUACAUCCCCUACCCCGAGGAGAAUGAACCCUGGACACUUGGAGGCAGCAUGAGUCCCCAGAACAGCACAGGCAGCACUCAGGAUAGUGACAGCUGGGCCUCAUCCCAUUCCUCUGAUUCCCAAGUACUGCCAGAUGAGGGGAGGAUCAGAAAUGCCAAGUACAAAGGGGGCAACCUGUUCCUGAACUGCCCUGACUUCCCCAGCAGUUUCUAUGCAGCCCGGCCCCAGCAAACCAAGAAGAAGAAACUGUCUGCAAAGAAGCUCAUCUUGGAUCAAGAGAUGGAACAGAAGGUGACGCUGGCUGGCACGAAGAAUUUAAGUGAUGUUCAACAGCAAAGGAAAGAGUCCGCUGUACUAGAGGAGCAGGCGCCUUAUGUAAUGAGAAAAUGUCUUGAGUCCUUGGUUGUCCCAGCUGGUGAGCUCCGACCCAAAUCCCUGUUGGAGGAGUUCAUGAAGGAAGAAAAGGACUGGACAUGUGGGGUUCAAGGGAGUGAAGUGCCAGUAGGAGGCUACUUUCGACCAAAGGAGCAGGAAUCAUGCCCUGAGGAGAGGAGGAGCUCCAGCUGUCAGAAUACCUUGGAUCAAAGCAAAGAGGAGGAGGGUACAAGCAGUGUCAGCUCCCAGCUCAAUUCUUCACCUGUGGAAUUCACAGUGGCACCUCCCAACACCAAAUCAGAAGAGGAUGAUGCUUGGGACCUGAUAACCUGCUUCUGCCUGAAGCCCUUUGCAGGGAGACCCAUGAUAGAGUGUAAUGAAUGCACCACCUGGAUCCAUCUCUCUUGUGCCAAGAUUCGCAAAUCCAAUGUGCCUGAGGUCUUCAUCUGCCAGAGAUGCCGUGACGCCAAACAAGAGAUCCGUCGCUCAAACCGAGCCAGGACAGUGCCCCGCAAACGCUUCUGUGACUGAUCCUCUCCCCCUGAGAGAUGGUGAUUGUGGGCGGGGGCCCUUUGUUCUAAGACUGUAGCCCAAGUUGGCUAGACAAUCGAUGCACAGUGACUAUAGGAGGCCUGUGGCACUGGAAAGUGGGAGCAUUUGUGCUGGGCAUGCCCCCUGUACUUCCAGCUCCAGGAAGCUGGCACGUUGAGACUCACUCCAGGAGGAAUAAUCUUUCUCUUGUGGGGAUCAUGUAAACUAUGCAGCUGAGACAUCAGUUUUGCCAGUGCAGUGGGGCCCAGCAGGAGAAGUGUCUCAAUGGAAUCCAGUGCAGUAGGUCAGCCAGAAACCUUCCUGUUGUAAUACACACGGGGCUCAGUGCCUUUUCCCCCAGGCAAUCCAGGAGAGCCUAGUCCAAGUAGUUACCCUCUGGUAUGGGGGCUGCUUAGACUUAUCCCAAGGGUGGUUGUUAUCCCACUGGUGCCCAAUUCCUUUCAUGGGACAACCUCCUAAGAGUGAGUUUAGUGCUGGUGAAAGUUGUCAGGUGGCUAGUGCCCCCCUUCUCCCCCAGACUAAUGUCAUCUUUAAUCUGGGCUGUGUCUGGUUUGUUGAGUGCACAAGCUUCUCCCUCUACAAACCAUGCUCUGGAGUGACACUCUUGGGGGGGAAAAAGGAAGUUGUCCUCUGUGCUGUCAUAGCCCAUCAAUUAUAGUGAUGUGGACAUCUGCCCCAGGACCUGAAUUGAGCACCCCUGCCUUCAAACUUGCUGCAUGUGGAGUAAGCAAUAGUAGCCUCUUGAUCUGACUGCACUCACUAGCUUCAGAGGUUGGGAAGAGAGGGGCAGAAUGUGGUUACUGUAAAUAUUAAUGGAGUGACUGUAAAUAAUUUGUAACAGAUGUUUAGAAAAUUAUAAAACAAUUCUUGCUAAACUGUAAAAUGGAGUCCUCUGCUCCCAAACUUCCAGUUGCACUGUAGUCUCUUGUAUGAAGGGACUUAAGGAGUUGGGGUAGGAGCCCAAAACAGUUGGCGGGGGGGAGAGAACCUUUGGAAACUCGGGAGAGUCCACAAGCAGACCCUUGGCGAUGGCUCUCAGGACUUUCCUUGCUGUUGUGCACUGGGCUGUCGCCCAGGAAGCACCCUUGGUGAAGGUGUGGUGGAUGUGAACAAAAUUGACAGAGCAGAAAGAAAGUGACACUUUUAUCUGGAUUGUCCAAUCCCCUGAAGAAUUCUCCAGUGUUAGCAGUCUAGGCUCCUCGGUGAAGUUUGAGGAGUGUUAGUGUCUCAUACAGACACAUGGGGUCUUUUGCCUUGAGCCUCAUCCACUAUGCAAAUUGUUGCCUCUUAGAUUGGAUGUGCCUGUUAGGAGCACACCUUUACAGUUCUAGACAGGAUACUUGGUCUUCUCUCUCUCUCUCCUCAAGGAGGACAUGACUGAGCUGGCUGGUCGCUGGGGGUUCUACAUGCACUAAGUAUUAAAUUCCAUCUUCUAAUUCUCCUUUUACCCCCCACCCACCAAAGAACCAGACCCAUGUGCCUUCUGCACCUUCUAUACUGCAUUUCAAAGAUGCUCCUCCCCCUGUGCUGGAGGUGUUCUGACUCUUGGGGUGGGGGGAAAUGAAAGGAACCUAAGAUCACAAUUCCUAUUUUUCCAAACUUGUGUACUUAGCUGCCCUGAGACAUCUUCAUCAGUCAGCACUGUCCCUGUCUCUCUGGGAGGGUUUGCUCCUUGUAUCCCUCUCCUGGGGGGGGAAGUCUAGGCCCCUGAAAUGCUUUACACUUUUAUAGUUUGUAGUAACUUUUAUUGAAAUUAUGUAAGAUAGCAAAUUCUUGGGAGUGUGGGUGGAGUAAGAUGUAUAUAAUAAAGUACUUUUGCCAUAACCCUUGUGGCCUUAU